AUGGCGGAGAACGACAUUGUCAUCGACAAGGCGCUAUUCCACGAGCGCCUCAACGCCCUCGUCACCAAGUGGAAGGCCGACAAGCGCUCAGGCGACGCUAUUUUCCAGGGCGCAAGCUCUAUCGCGACCCUUGUGGGCAAGGCGAGCGAGCCAGGCAUCUAUUUGAAGCCGGCAGCGUUCCAGCUAUGGCUGCUAGGCUACGAGUUUCCCGCGACGCUCUUCAUCCUGACCCCCGACCUGCUCCAGAUUGUCACUACCAAGAAAAAGGCUUCCUACCUCGAACCGCUCAAAGGUGGCAAGGUGCCGGUUGAGAUUCUCGUCCGCGGCAAAGACGCCGAGGAGAACAAGAAGCAGUUCCAGACAUGUCUCGAGACGAUGAAGAAGGCGGGCAAGAAGGUGGCGGUGCUGAAGAAGGACAACGCCAACAACGCCUUUGCGAACGAAUGGAAGGCGGCCUUCGACGAGGCUGGCUUCAAGGAGGAGGACCAGGUCGAUCUGGCCUCCAUCAUGUCCAACGCCGCCUUGUCCGUCAAGGAUGAGAAGGAGCUGCGAACCAUCCGCGACGCCGCCCGCGCCUCGAGCGCCCUCAUGUCCAACUACUUCGUCGAAGAAAUGUCCGACAUCCUCGAUUCCGAGAAGAAAAUCUCCCACCGCGCCCUCGCCGACAAGGUCUCCAACAAGAUCGACGACGCCAAGUUCUUUGAGAAGCAGAAGCUUUCCAAGACAUUCGACUCGAUGCAGCUCGACUGGUGCCUCCAGCCUACGAUUCAGAGUGGCGGCUCAUACGACCUCAAGUUCGCGGCCGAACCCGACGAGAACAACCUGCACGCGGGCGUCAUCAUCUCCGUCCUCGGUCUGCGCUACCAGACAUACGGCGCCAUGAUCGGCCGCACAUUCAUGGUCGGGCCCAACAAGGAGCAGGAGACUGCCUACAAGCUUCUUCUGGCGAUUCACGACCUGGUCAUCAAGUCGAUCAAGGACGGCGUUGUGGCCAAGGACGUGUACAACAAGGCGCUCGCGCAUCUCAAGUCGAAGAAGCCCGAGUGGGAGAAGCACUUCCCCAAGAACCUCGGUUACGGUAUCGGUACCGAGAACAAGGACUCUUCGCUGCUCCUGAGCGGCAAGAACACUCGUGUCCUGAAGGACGGCAUGACCUUGGUAGUUCAGACUGGUUUGUCAGACCUGGAGAACAGCAAGCCGCAAGACAAGAAGAGCAAGAACUACUCGCUCGUCUUGGUAGACACCGUCCGUGUCAGCGCCGGCGACUGCGCAGUCUUCACCAAGGACACCACCUCAGAUCUGGACGCUGUCUCGUUCUUCUUCGACGACGAAGAGGAGGAGGCCAAGCCCAAGGUCAAGAAGGAGCGCCCAGCUAUCGCCCAGACGAACAUCACCAAGACCCGCACACGCCAUGAGCGAACAACAAACCAAGACGCCGAGAAGGAGGAGCAACGGCGACAGCAUCAAAGAGAGCUGCACGCCAAGAAGCAGGAGCAGGGUCUUGCCGAGUACAGCGAGGGCGCAAAGUCGCUGAACGGCACUGAAGAGAAGAAGUUUAAGAAAUUCGAAUCUUAUAAGCGCGACAACCAGUUCCCCAGCUCAGUCGCCAACUUGGAGAUCGUAGUCGACAAGAAGAACCUCACAGUCCUUCUUCCGAUCAUGGGCCGACCCGUUCCCUUCCACAUUCACACCAUCAAGAACGCAUCGCAUACGCCCGAGGCGGACUUCACAUCUCUCCGUAUCAACUUCCUCUCACCAGGUCAGGGUGUUGGCCGAAAAGACGACCAGCCAUUCGAGGACCCCAACGCACACUUCAUUCGUAGUCUGACCUUCAAGUCGCACGAUGUCGACCGGAUUGACCAGAUCACCAAAGACAUCACAGAGCUGAAGAAGGACGUCGUGCGAAGGGAGACUGAGAAGAAGCAGAUGGAGGAUGUUGUAGAGCAAGACAAGCUUAUCCCGCUUAAGACUCGCAAGCCGCACAUGCUCGACCUCAUCUUCAUCCGCCCCGCGCUCGACGGCAAGCGGAUUCCCGGAAGUGUCGAGAUUCACCAGAACGGUCUGCGAUACGUCCACGGCAACGGCACAGCCAAGAUCGACGUCCUCUUCAGCAACAUGAAGCACCUCUUCUUCCAACCCUCACAACACGAGCUCAUCGUCAUCAUCCACGUCCACCUCAAGAACCCAAUAAUGCUGGGCAAAAAGAAGACCAAGGACGUCCAAUUCGUCCGCGAAGCCACAGAAAUGCAAUUCGACGAGACAGGCAACCGCAAGCGGCGCCACAAGUUCGGCGACGAAGAAGAAUUCGAGCAAGAACAAGAAGAGCGCCGCCGCCGCGCAGCUCUCGACAAGGAAUUCAAGAACUUUGCCGAGAAGAUCGCCGACGCCGCCCGCAACGAGAACGUCAGCGUCGACAUCCCUUACCGCGAGUUGGGUUUCAACGGCGUCCCAUCCCGCUCCUCCGUCCUCGUUCAACCCACCACCGACUGCCUCGUCCAACUCACCGAACCCCCCUUCACCUGCCUCACCCUGUCUGAGAUCGAAAUCGUCCAUCUAGAACGUGUGCAGUUUGGUUUGAGGAACUUCGAUAUGGUGGUUGUGUUUAAGGACUACAACCGGCCACCCGUCCACAUCAACACCAUUCCCGUCGAGUCCCUCGAUCCCGUCAAGGAUUGGUUGGAUUCUGUCGAUAUCCCGUUCACAGAGGGUCCCUUAAACCUCAACUGGGCCACCAUUAUGAAGACCGUAACCUCAGACCCCCACCAGUUCUUCGCGGAUGGCGGAUGGAGUUUCCUAUCCAACGAAACCGACGACGAAGGCGACGGCGAGGAGGAAGAGGAGUCGGCGUUUGAGGUCAGUGAGUCGGAGUUGGCUAUCUCGGAUGAGUCCUCCGACGAAUCGGACUUUGAUGAGAACGCUUCCGAGGAGAUGUCAGAUGAGGGUUCAGAAGACGAAUUUAGUGAAGGCGAAUCUUGGGAUGAACUCGACAAGAAGGCGGCGAAGAAGGAUAAAGAGGCUGCAGCGGAUGCGAGUGAGGAUGAGGGCAAGAAGAAGAGGAAGCGCUAG